CGAAACCGGAACCACGAGUAGUAAGUGUUUAUAUAUAUAAAUUGACAACUUAGGCAACGUGCUUGCAAAUCAUAACCUUUUAGCUAGAAUCAUGCACGUGUGAGACUCCCUUUGGGAGUAUGUAUUAAUAAAAAUGCAAAAGUGCAGAGUUUGUGGUGGUGCAGAUUUUUACAAAGAUGUGGGAUAUUUUUUUUGUCAAACGUGUCAGACGCAGAGUGAGGAUGUUAGAGAGGAAGUUUUCGAAUUACGUGUAGACAAUACAACUAGGUUGCGGAAAACGAAAAUCAGACAGCUAAGAUCACACGGUUCAGGCGAGGAACUUGGCUGGACUUCAUGGGAAUUGUAUAAUUUUGUUUUGAUUGGACUAACAAAUGAACUUAUAGAACUUGGAGUCCCGUCUGACAUAAAAAUGACAAUAUUACAAUUAUGGGCAACCUAUUUGGGAAAGCUAGAAGUUGCAUUCAUUUCAACCAAGAAAAAAGGCUUGCCAAAAUUGGCAAGAAGAUACAAUAAAAAAGAUGCAGAAAUCAUUUAUGGUAAAAUACAGUCUCAGAAAAAGAUUAGAAAACGUAAACGAAUUGGAAGCAGUGCUAAUACAUCUGCAGUCUCUGAUUACCAAAGUGAAGGGAGUUCCAUGCGUGAAUUAAGUAAAAACAAAAAACUUUUAGCGACUGCAGAUUAUGAUAGAUAUCUUCAAUCUCAAGCUAGUUCCGAAGGUGAUGGCCUCAGUUUAUUUAGUCAAAGUGUAUAUAGUGGUCAGUCUGGUUCAUUAAACUCCUCGAAUAAUGAGGGAAAAGUAAAAUUCAGUUCUCAUGCCAAAGAGGAAGCAAGAAAAAUCAAAAAGCUAUCUAAAAAUCUACCCAGACAUAAAAGGGCUAAAUAUAGAGCAAAGCAUAUAAGUACUAAGUACAAAAUGGGACCUUAUGUGAUUACCCCGAUGAGAUUAUGGGCCAUCUUAUAUCUAGCUCUCAGGAUUCAUAAUCAACCUAUACAAUUGGGAGAUAUGUUAAGAUAUGCCAGAGAAGGACAUUUAUCUUACUAUAAGCUAGAUCAUUUAUUACCCCCAGAAGUCAGUUUAACAAGGGGUGAAAGAAAUUUCUUAAUGCAGAACGUUGCAAUUACGCAUAAGGGAAUGCGACGAAUUACUGCAAGUUUGGCUAAGUUUCUUGGUGUUUGGGAGAUAGUUUGUCCUGAUUUCUUGCCUCUAGUCAAUCGGUAUUGUCAAGAAUUGGGAUUGCCAAGAGGUAUUCAACAAUAUACUGAAAGGCUGAUAGCUUUAUCUACUCCGAAAAUGGUAUUUAAUGUAAAGAAGUCAUAUAUUCCAAAUUAUGAAGGUCGUGCAAUAGCAUUUAUUAUUGUUGUACUAAAGACUCUACUUGCUUUGGACGACAUAACAGAGUAUCAAAUUAGUAGAAUAGCAGAGAAAAUCAGCAGCGUCGCUAUUGAACGAGGCGUGUUGAAUGAAAAACUGUUCAGUUUUCAAGAAUGGCAGAAGUACAUUGAAUGCAGAAAAACGAUAUUAAUUCAUUCGCAUUUUCCAACUAAAAUCAGAUAUAGUCCAAAUACGCACGGCAUAGAUGAUCUGUAUAUGAAAUUUUUGGAAUUUAUAACGUCUAAAACGGAUAACAAGGAGCCAGACCCAAAGAACACUAAGUACCGUUUUCCGGAAGAGAUCGUCGACGCCAUGACAAAAUACAUUACUAGCUUAAGAUCGAACGAUGUUCCGCCAGAAACAGGAGACAUAUUUCCCCCGUCUUUGACACCUCUCCAUUCAUAUUUGCAACAUCUACUGGAUAACCCACUCUCCGAUAUCCCGAGUGUCGCGAGGAAGGAUUUUUUUCUCACUAAAGUUGGAUACAUGACGAAACCACACAUUCUGAUAGAAUUAGCAACGAAAUGCGGUAUCAAGUUAGAUAUUAUAGAUUCGAGUUUACACUUUCUUGAAAAGGUGGUACCUCCUUUCGAGCAACAUAGGAUGCCAAGUAUAGAUGAAUUGAAACAGCUUAUCGACGUGCAGGAUGACUCGAAUCCUGAGUGCAAGGAACAAAGCGAAGAUCUGAACGAUUAUAUACACAGAAAGAUACCGUGUCUAGUGAAACUUGAUGUUCCCAAAGAACUGUACUAUAACAGCAUUCGAACCUCUGUGGGAAAUUUAAAUAAUGAUUUAGGGAACGACUUCACAUUCACGGAAACACUGUCAAAUGGUAAAUUAGCAAUUCCUGGCGAUAGUGACAACGAGGACGAGGAAAAAGAUGCAAAUCCAAUGGAUAGUAUUAAUGGGGAGAGUAUACUACUAGGAAACAAGUUUUGUAGUCAAUACAAUUUACGCUUAUCGAUACCAGAGAACGAGUCUAUUAGCAAGGGACAAAAGAUUUUGCUUGCGCGAAACGCUAAAGGACAGUUCAUUCAAAGAGAAGAAGAAGAAGAAUUCGAGAAUUCUUUUCUGGAAACGAAGAACCCACUUUUUCAGACUAGUACGCAACAAAGUAUUGCGGAAGAUAUGUUUAUCGAUACUACAAAGGUCACUGACGAGAAUUUAUUCAUGUCGAACGGUAUAGAUAUUAAUAAUUUUGACAUCGAAGACAUAGAUAUUAAUUCCGGUUUCCUGGAUUUGGACGAUCCCAUAAAUUUGAGCGAGAUCUCUUUAUUCCGUGACAACAAUACCAUUUCCACGCCGCAAACAAGUAAAACAAUAAAUACAAACAACAAUAGGCAUCAGUUUUUUAGGCCUUUUAAAGACUACUGGAUGUAUCAUUGCAUUUUCAGUCGCGUGAAAGCAAAAAAUUUCGCCACAUUCGAAAGGUCUUUGCCAAGAAGUUUCCGUUGGUUAUUAAAACAGUGCGCACUUACCGUAGAAAUGACUGUGGAGGAUCUUUAUGAAGAAGUAUGUUUAAUAGAAAAAUACCACGCGUAUAUUUUCAAGUCUAUACAUUCCAGUGACAAGUACAAUGAUACGGAUUCUGUAUCAAAAAGUGAAAUGAAUUUAAUUCUAAGUAAAUGGUAAAAAAAAGUCGCUGUUUUUGUGGCGUUGACUAUAUUGCUACAACGGUAAUGUAAACUUCCUAUUGACGAUGUAGGUAUAGAUACAAUAUAAAUUUACCAUAUGGAACGAUCAUUGUUUCAACAGAUCUCUAUAAUAAAAUAUUGGUACUUAGUACGUAGUUUGCAUACUCA